ACGUAUAUUAUUCUAAUUUGUCAAGUUUCAAUAGUAGAUCCACCUCUAAUUAGUCAUAUGAUUAAGGGACCCCUUAGUCACCUGAUCUUAGCCCGCGGAGAGGGCCAGAAGUUCAACUGGGCUAAACACUUAACCUCCCUCAAAAGCCCAAUAUUGGAGCGCCACCGACUUUCAGAGAUCACAGCUUUAAAGCUCCCCGGCUCCCGCCACCGCCACCACUCAAUCUUUCUUUCCAUUGCUCCGCCGCUCGGCAAACCCAAAAAAGACAGGACGAGAUGCGGAUAUUCGUAAACCUACCGUCGCAGCAAACACUAACUCUCGCCGCCACCCCGUCGGACACCAUCGCCGACCUCAAAUCCGCUAUCCAAUCCCGCGGAGGACCAAUUUCAAUCUCGGACCCUGCCAACGAACAGUACUACCAAUUGAUCCACUGCAGCAAGCUCCUCGACGAUGACAGCCGAACCCUGGCCGAGUACAGAAUCCGGAACAAGUUCGCGACAGUCGAUCUCCUCCCGCGGCUCCUCGGCGGCGGCGGAGGGAAGAAGAGGAAGAAGAAGGUGUUCAGCACGCCCAAGAAGGAGAAGAAGGACAAGGAGAAGGAGAAGCUCCCCGUGCUCAAGCUUUACAAGGUCGUGGGAGGCGGCGAGGAUGAAGACUCGCCAGGUGUGCUGGAGAGGUUGAGGAAGGAGUGCCCGAAGUGCGGACCGGGGAAUUUCAUGGCCGAUCACGGCGACCGGGUUUCCUGCGGCAAGUGCGGUUUGAGUUUCGCGCGCCACCAACCGCCGACCCCACAGCCGGCGGCGCGUGAGGACGCGGAGGAGGAGGGAAAAGAAUUUUGCCGUAGUUAACGUUUAGCUUUUGCUUCUUACUUCUAAACAACUUAAUUAGCGAUCCUGCUAGCUAGGCCAUUGGACUGCUUAUUAAUCAAUUUUCCACAGGGAUAAUGAUCAAUCACUGGUUAUGACAUGUGCAAAGCCAUCAAGGAGGCGGAAAGAAAUUAAUUAAUGAUCU